CUGAUGGCUGUUGGGACUUGCUUGUACAAUCUCCCUAUCUAUAUCCCUCAUCUUUGGUGUUAUCUCGUGUCUACAUGUUUAUGCAAGUUUGACCUUAGUUCUGGUGACCAUUUGAUUCCAUAUCUGAUACUGCUUCUCAAUCCGUCAUGGGAAAUGUGAUAAUUGACGAAAAGGCGCCUAUUCAUGCAGCUCAUCUACCGCCGUCCCCUCCUGCCACAGAAGCCGGUGAAAGAUCAAGACGUUCUACUCCAGAGCCUGUAGAAGUUCCUCUUGACGAGUAUGACUUUCCUCUACCACCACCUACUACGCUUCCUUCAGUACUCGACGUCGAUCUCAAGACUCCGGACUCUCAUGUGCCUCGAGAUCCACGCCUGAUACGACUGACUGGUGUACAUCCCUUUAAUGUCGAGGCUCCUUUGUCGGAUCUGUAUAAUGAGGGGUUUCUUACCAGUCCCGACCUCUUCUACGUGCGCAAUCACGGCCAUGUGCCCGAGGUUAGAGAUGAAGACAUCCCUGACUGGGAGUUCUCUGUUGAAGGACUCGUGGAUAAGCCGCUUAGAAUCACUCUGAAAGACCUUAUCGCAGAAUACGAGCAGAAAACAUAUCCAAUCACUCUCGUUUGUGCUGGUAACCGACGCAAGGAGCAGAACGUCGUCCGCAAGACCAAAGGCUUCUCAUGGGGUGCUGCUGGUGUUUCAACUGCGCUCUGGACGGGGGUGGUUUUGGGAGACGUCCUCCGUAAAGCAUGCCCAAGGCGUGCAGCAAAGUAUGUAUGCAUGGAGGGCGCUGACAAGCUACCUAAUGGCUAUUACGGGACCUCAGUCAAGCUCAAUUGGGCUAUGGAUCCUAACAGGGGUAUGAUGCUUGCUCAUAAGAUGAACGGCGAAAUGUUGCGACCGGAUCAUGGCAAGCCGCUACGGGUUGUGAUACCUGGUCAGAUCGGAGGUAGAAGUGUCAAGUGGCUCAAGAAGCUCAUUCUCGCCGAAGCACCAAGUGAUAACUGGUACCAUAUCUAUGACAACAGAGUGCUGCCGACCAUGGUCUCGCCUGAAGAAUCAGCCAACAAGCCCGAGUGGUGGACAGAUGAGCGCUACGCCAUUUACGAUCUCAGCACCAAUUCUGCAAUCGCAUAUCCGGCGCAUGAGGAGCAGCUGUGUACUGUCGGUGCGCCGGAGAACUACCGUGUAAAAGGGUACGCAUAUGGUGGUGGAGGUCGACGAGUGACCAGCGUUGAGAUCUCAAUUGACAAAGGAAAGACGUGGAGAUUGUCGAAUAUCGAAUAUGCAGAAGACAAGUACAGAGAAGCGCCAGACCAAGAGCUAUAUGGUGGAAAGUUGGAUAUGUGGUGGCGUGAAGCGAGCUUUUGUUGGUGCUUCUGGCAUCUUGAUAUCCCUGUCAACGAACUCAAGGGUGCAAAUGAUAUCAUAGUCCGUGGUAUGGAUGAAAGUAUGAAUCUACAACCACGAGAUAUGUACUGGUCAGUUCUUGGCAUGAUGAACAACCCUUGGUUCAGAGUCGCUGUCCACCACGAAGGUGACUAUCUCCGCUUUGAGCAUCCAACACAGCCGGCCCUGAUCGCCGGAGGAUGGAUGGAAAGGGUCAAAAAGUCCGGUGGAAACCUCACGAAUGGAUAUUGGGGAGAGAAGUUAGGCGGAGAAGACGCCGAGAAUGUGAUCAAUGAAGAGGCGGCGGAAGUCAAAAUGACAAACGACAAGAUCAACAAGCAGAUAACAAUAGAUGAGCUGCGAAAGCAUGAUAGACCUGAAGAGCCAUGGUUCGUUGUCAAUGGCGAGGUAUAUGAUGGCACGGCGUUUUUGGAAGGGCAUCCAGGUGGCGCACAGAGCAUUAUAUCUGCCGCCGGCAUGGAUGCGACGGACGAAUUUAUGGCAAUCCAUAGCGAGACUGCUAAAGCCAUGAUGCCAGACUACCACAUCGGCUCGCUGGACAAAGCCUCCCGUAAAGUCUUGAGCGAGGGCGAAGUCCAAGCCCCUGAAUCAAGUGAGCCUCGUGCUACAUUCCUGACAUCUCGAUCAUGGAGCAAGGCCAUCUUGAGCAAGAAAACUACUGUCUCUUGGGACACGCGGAUAUUUACAUUUAAGCUCGAUCAUGACGAGCAAGGUCUCGGCCUACCCACUGGGCAGCAUCUGAUGAUCCGGCUUCGCGAUCCAGUCACACGUGAAGCAAUCAUCCGAAGUUACACACCAAUCUCAGAGACGACCAGCAAAGGAUACAUGGACGUUCUUGUUAAAGUCUACUUUGACACAAAGGAGAAAGCUGGCGGUAAAAUGACCAAAGCCAUGGACGCUCUGCCGAUCGGCCACUUCGUCGAUUUCAAAGGCCCGAUCGGCAAGUUUGAAUACCUUGGGCGAGGCGAGUGCGCGGUGAACAACGCCAAACGACACAUCAAGAAGUUCAUUAUGAUCAGUGGUGGCAGUGGAAUCACACCAAUCUACCAAAUCUUCCGCGCAGUCAUGAAAGACAAGGGGGAUCCAACGAAGUGUGUAGUUUUGGACGGGAACAGGCUUGUGGAAGAUAUCCUCUGCAAAGACGACCUGGAUCAGUUGGCACUGGGCAACGACGAUCGCUGCAAGCUGCUGUAUACUCUUACCCAAGGACCUGACGACUGGACUGGGCUUCGAGGACGUAUCGCUGCACCACUACUGAAAGAGCAUGCGGGUACACGAGAAGAGGGAGUAAUGGUUCUCCUCUGCGGGCCAGAGGCGCUUGAGAAGAGCUGUCAUAAGAUCCUUGUUGAGGACCUGGGGUGGCGAGACGAUGACCUACUUUUUUUCUAGAUCUCGAAUCUGUUAAUUACCCCUGACCACUUAGGUCUGAUACCAUACCUUCUGAAAAUUACCCAGAGUCACGUGCGUGCCGGAGUGCUUGCCGGAGUCUUUCUCCGUCGAUCUCAGCCGGGCGCAGGCAGACUAUCCCGUUCGUUAUCUAUCGCCCUAAACUUGUACUCUUGGCAGCGCUAAUCCUGUUUGCGUAAUAUCGUUAUCUGAGACCGUUAUCUCUGCCCAACUACCACUCUUC